AUGGCUGUUGAUCAAUCCCGCGCCGAACUGCUUCGUGCAGAAGGACUAACGAUCUUGCGAAGGGCUUUGCCUUUGGUGCUACAAGCUGGAUGUAUCCAAGCGCAAACAGUUUGGGGCGCUACCAUCACUGGGCCACGCCUCGGACCAGCAGCACUUGGAGCAGUAGUUAUGGGAAACAUGCUGGGAAAUCUCACGCUGCGGUCCGUGAUCGGGGGCGGCCUCUCUGGUUAUGAUGCUUUGGGUGCCAACGCGUUCGGAUGCAAGGAGUUCGCAGAAGUGGGCUUGCUGGCUCAACGCGCCGCGCUGUUCUGCUUUGCCUUUUUUCCUCCCAUGUACUUGCUGUGGUUUUGCAUCGAGCCGCUUCUGUUGCAGAUGGGUCAGCCAGCUGCUGUCGUGCCACUGGUGGGAGUGUAUCUCCGCGGUACAAUGCUGGGCUUUCCAGCAGUGUUGCUGAACCAAGUAUUGAACAAGUUUUUGGUCGUGCAGGGUUGCCCUGUGGAUGGACUCAUGUAUGUGACUACAGUGACGAAUCUCGGAGUACAACCUAUCUUGAUGACUCGGAUGCUAUCGGCAGUUGGAUUUCGCGGCGUCGCCUGGAGCACCUCAAUCGUGGAUUGGCUGCGCUUCCUUGGUGGUCUUCUCUACGUCCUCCGAUGUCAGCCUCAUCAUCCUGAGACGUGGACUGGACUUCACAUUCGCAGCGCAUUGUCUCGGCGCGGGCUCGCGGCGUAUACUCGCUUGGCUCUCCCUGGAGUCCUCGGUAUGAAUGAGAGUUGGUAUUGGGAAGGCUUGGGAAUGCUCAUCGGCCGCGGUGGAGCAACCGAUCUCGCAGCCCAUGCUGUGGGUUACAGCUUCAUGCCCUGGGUCGGCGGCGGACUCCCUGGAAGCCUCGGAGGUGCUUUGGGCGCCCGCGUGGGGGCCCUCCUGGGUGAGGGACACAUUCAGGAAGCCGCUUUCGUGGCACGCGCCGGGGCUGCUGCUGGGGCGGCGCUCCAGGUGCUGCUUGGCGUCAUUGUAUACCUUGCAAGGGAUUGGAUCGUGUCGCAGUACACCGACAGCGCAGCGACGACGGCUUUGUGUGUGACAAUCUGGCCUUUGGUCUGUAUCGGCUGCUUCUCAGGUGGCUUCUUCAAUGUGCAGGCUGCUCUCAUGCGAACCUUGGGUAUGCACUCACGGCUGGCUUGGGUGACGUUUGUCACUCUUUGGAUGAUUACGCUGCCAGCGGCCUACAUCAUCGGCGUACACUUCAAAUUCGGCCUUAAGGGCAUUUAUUUCGUGCAUGCACCUUUUAGGUUGCUGCUGAUGAAUCCGCCGCUUCUGUUGUCUUGGUGCAGCGUGUCGUGGGAAGAGCAGGGCGAGAGGAUUCGAGCGCUGCGGGCGAUGGGUAAGACACAGCCGACGCCGAUGGCACCCACAAAGGUGGCUUCACAUGCGUACGGCCGAGUGCAGCGAGCUGAUCAGCAAGGUGAUCAUGAUGGUGAUGAUGAUGACGCUGAUGCUGUUGGCGAUGUUCAUGGUCAUUUACCAUAG